AUGGACGCAAGGAACCGCUCUGGCCCCCCCUCCUCCUCCUUCCAGGUGUGCCGCCCCUCCUCGUUCUCACGGCAACCGCCCCGUGUUCUGAUCGUGGACGCGUCGCCGCCCUGGUGGUCAGAGACUGGUACUACGCUGUGUGAGGCUUUGGAUAACUUCCUGACUCUGGCCUGUAGUCUGGACGGACCCUGUAGACUGCCCCUGCUUAGCCUUUACACUCUGAGUAGACAGCAUGAAUGUCUGCUGCCAUUCGUGCAAGUGAGGGGUAACCUGGCCCGCCUGCGUUCCUGUGUGGAGGAGCUGAGGUCCAUACCCGGAGAGGGGUGCGUCCGCGCACCUAGAGGGGAACUGCUCAAACAGGCUGUUCUGGACAGCCUGCAGCAGUUUAAACAGUACACGCGACACACUACCACUCCGAACCAGGCCAACAACAAUGGAUCUGUAGAGGUAACCGUGGUGACGAGCCAGCCAGGGCGUGGCGUGGUGAGGCAGUUGGAGGCGGCCUUAAAGGACACUGACUUGGUGUCUCUACGGCGCCUACUAGUGGUCCACGUCAGUACUGCAG